CUAAAUACAUAUUUUUGCAUCUGCAUACUAGGAACGAACGUGAAUUUUAUUCCGAUAUUGUGUGUCAAAACGCUAAGCGUUUGCCGUAGGUUUUUAUUACAUUUAUUAUAGAAAAUACACAAUCCGUGAAAGUUUAAUUUUUAAAACGAGAGUAUAAUAUGUGAACAGGAGAUUUAUACAAUAAACAAUAUUCAGCUUCGUAAUGCAUGUGUAAGGCAGCCAUCACUCGUCUAUAUAGGAAUGUUGCAUUGCACUGCAAACGCGUACUACAAACUGCACAGCUGCAACAGUGUUCGGACAAAAACGAAAAUCGCUGAGAUUUUAUUAUUAUUAUAAUAAUUAUUAUGUGAAAUCGUUCACAGCAGUCGGAAGAAAAUCGUUCUGUACAGUAACUGUACAGACUACAGUAUGGUCGCACAUAUUUUAAGUUUGACAGACAAAUGACACUCAUGACAGUGAAAGAAACACUUCAUCGUCGGACAAGGGCUCGAAACAAAACGGAAAUGUAGGUACACUCGUUCACGAUAUACCUACCUGCACUAUAAAGUUGUACACUUUGAAAACCUUUUUGACGCAGUCUCCGCAGUAACAGGUAUUUUCUAACACAGAAAUGAAUCGGCGCCGAAAACAUAAGAAAAAGCUAAAAGAUUUCGGUAGAGAGUAUUUUCUAGACAUUUCCGUCAACGCGUUAAAACACAUAAUACGAGCCAAAAACGUCGGCGAACGACGAUUUUGGCUGGUGAUGUUCACACUCGCAUUGUUCGGCACUGGAUUCUGCGUCUUGGAAGUCUGGAAAGUCUACGAGUCCAGUUUUACCAAAACCAUUAUAUUGUCCACGUCGUAUUUGUACUCCGAGGCACCGUUUCCGUCAGUGACCAUUUGCGAACCGAGCAGAGUGUAUGGUCCUUUGAUCAAAACGUUGUAUGACAACUCUUCCGGCCGGCCGGGCUCGUAUGAUGAAGCCGUGUUCAAAAUAAUGGCAACGUUGUCCACAAUCCGUUUACCGCUAUUCGAAGAUUUUGUCAAAAUAAAAAAAUUCGAAAGACACUACAACGAGCUCAACAAACUCAAUAUCAGCGACAUGCUACUGAAGGCGGUCCGUCCGUGCGACACCAUAUUCGACUCUCCGUGCUGGUGGCGUAAUAAUUACUACAACUGUUGCGAGCUCUUCGAACUCCAGAAAACCUGCUACGGUUACUGUUACAGUUUCAACUCAGAUGUAUCCGAAUUCAGUAAACGAAAAACGCAAUCGUACGGGAUGCGCGGGGACAAUUAUAACUACUGGAUUGAUGAUCGGGGAGCAUUCAAGAGGCCUAGGAGAACAGGUGGAAGCGGUCCGUGGUCUGGAUUGUGGUUUUCCAUGCGUGCCCAAAAGAUUCCGUCUUACAUCAACGCCAGGAGUGGAAUAGUGGUUAUGAUUAGGGAUCCGAGCGCAUUGCCGAUCGAUCGGGGAAUGAUGGUGGCCAAAGGUACCAGCGGCUAUAUAAAAGUAUGGGGUGAUAAGGUGAUUCCAACGAAACGUCUCAUACGUGUGAAACCCGAAAAGCGACAAUGUCUGUACCCUGACGAAAAGACCUACUUGGGCCGGGGCUAUUUGAGGUCAAACUGUUUGUUCAACUGUUACCAACGGUUUAUGUUUAAUGAUUGCAAGUGCGUGCCGAGUUUCUAUUAUUUUCACUACGAAAAAGAUCUUCCCUAUCCCGAGUGCAACGUAGAAGGACUUGUAUGCUUGGCCGAACAUUCGUCAAAUUUCAUCAACAUCGUGGAUCGCGACAAAAAUUUAUCUACGCAUCUCAGAUGCGAAUGUCCAGGCGAUUGUCGCAGUCAAAAGUACAAGUCUAACAUUGUCGUGUUAAACGAAACAUCAAGCGCUGACCAAAUUACCGUUGACGUUUUCUUUCACAGGUCUACGUGCUUCCUAUACGAAACGGAUUUAGUGUUCGACUUUAUGAAUGCUCUAGUCGGCUACGGAGGAGUCUGUGGACUUUUUCUCGGGGCGUCAUUGAUCAGUGGCGUUGAAUUUAUAAAUUUUAUGACGUUUCGUUUGUACGACUAUUGGUUGAACCGUCGACAUCGAAACAAAAUCGUCCAACGUUUCAUUCAUUGAAAUGAUGUGUUAUUAGUUAUUACAGUCGAUUUUCCUCAAAGACCAUUCUAUAGUUGAGAAUUGUAUUUAUCUAAAUUAAUUUAUAGAUUUAUAUUAUAUUCGUCAUUAAUAUAUACAUAUAAUUCGGAUGUCAUAAAAUAAAAAAACACAUUUAAUUCUUACCGUAUAGGUAAUAAACGCUGUUUAUUUUUUGCGCUUGGUUCACUUUUAUAGGUUCAACAUUUUAAAUGUAAUAAUACUAUGAUAAUAUACCUUAUGGAUUUUUAGAAAUGUAUGUUAAGAAAUAUAGUUAAGACAAAAAUAUACGGCAUCAAACAAAAAUUUUAAAUUUAAUUUUGUAUUUUGACGAACCGAAACCUCUGAGAAGUCCAAUUCCAGCCGCUAUAAUACGUCGGAACACUUUUUAUAAUAAUUAUAGCCUAGGUAUGUCAUUUA